AUGAAGCAACUUAUAUCGAUUUUCAUCGCUAUUUGUACGUUCUGUAAUGUACUGUGUGCCCUGAAUCCUCUUGAGGAAGAAGUUGGCAACGGCAGAUACGUUAUCGAAGGCAAGGUGUUUCCUCCAGAGGAGCAAGAUUUAGGACCAUGGCAAGUAGAUACACGCAUUCAUAUCAAUGGUGGAGAGUACAUAGGUUUCAUACGAGAAGACGGCACCUUCGUUAUACAUAAUGUUCCUUCAGGGUCAUAUGUGGUAGAAAUAUUACAUCCUGACUAUAUGUAUGAGCCUAUCAGAGUUGAGAUCAACUCCAAAGGUAAGUAUAGAGCCCGGAAAGUGAAUUACAUACAGACAUCACAAGUUAUUCAGGUGCCGUACCCACUAAGAUUGAAGGCCCUAUCCAAGUAUAGGUAUUUCCAAAUGAGGGAGCAAUGGCGGCUGACAGACUUUUUGUUUAACCCUAUGGUGAUUAUGAUGGUCCUGCCACUUCUGUUUAUAAUGAUUCUACCCAAGAUGAUGAAUGACCCAGAGACUAAAGAGGACUUUAAGCAAAUUAGCAAUUUGGCUAAGAUGUCAGAAAUGCCAGAAAUGUCCGAGAUGUUUACUACACUGUUUAAUAGAGGAGCUGCAGCAAAGCCAUCCACAUCUAAAACCAAACAGAUCAAAAAGAGGCAGUAA